AGACUCCAACGCUGUUAAAGUUUCCAAACAAGUGGGCGCCCACGAAUUGGAAAUCCGUAACAAGAUCAGCUAGGACGAUAAGCUUUCUGGGGGACCAUAGAAAGCAGAGACAAGCUUUUUGCUAUCAGGUCCUCGAGAAACAAUUGUGCAAGUAGAAUCUUCUUGGCUCACUUGGCGAUUGAUUUUUCUCAUAUGAAAGGGGUUCGUUCGAAGUUUUCCGUUGUGUAGACUCAUUAAACUUCGCUACACGCUCUCUCUUUAUCUGUGAGUCGGAUUAUUGCUGCAAAACACCGUUCCCGAUUCAAACGACCUUCAGUAGCUCAAAAGGACACCAGUCCAAUGUUGAGGCAGGUGUCGUAAGCUUGAGAGCCAUCGUUUGACGUGGGUCAUAAAUAACCUUUCCUGCUUUGAGCAAGGUUAUCAUUGUUUGAUCAAACCCCUCUUAAACCGACGUCCCCACGCUAUGCCACCAAGCGUGUUUCAAUUGUCAAUCCAUUUUCUCUCUCAGAACGCCAGAUUCAGAUUCUGACUUUUCCAUAAGACUUUGUAUCACACACUUGCGAUGUUUAUUUGACAUUUCCCAAAGUCUCUUUCUACCGACACUUUUGUACGCCGUGUACUCUGUUGUUGCUGUGUACAUCAACCAUUACACGAUUUCAAGGGCAGGACUCGCCCUCAUGUUAAUUGUCUUUAUAUAAUAUCUAUUUAAUUCUUCAAAUCCUCAAGAUGGAUAUGUCAGAUGGCAUGGCAAUGGGUGGUGCACCAACAGAUGGCUCAGCAUUAAAUGCUACUGGCUUCGAGCUGUCCAACAUGACACAAGCUGCAGACUAUUUGGGAGAAAUAUUGGAUGAUUCGGUUUUUCAGAUAGAUGGAAAUGCUGCUGCCAGACAUUUUUGGUAUGGAGUCUGUGCGGUUAUUGGCAUAGCUGCUUUUUUCAACUUCGCACAGAAGAUUACUAUAUUUUUCAGGUUGAGGGCAGCUGCAUCGAAUAAAGCACGGCCAGCAUCACCAUCCAACCCUUUGACGAUAUCGCUGGCUACGAUAACAGCAAUUGGCCGCGAAGCAUCGUAUUCCCAAUUCAUACCACACAAUGCAAUUGCAGUGAAGUACUUCAGGAUUCCUCCUCUUGGAACUGUUAUGCUCUUGGUAUUACAUCUAGUGUGGGUCAUCAUCCUCGAGUUUGCGAACAACAACGUUCCGGGGGCUCAACACUUUACUUCAUUGGGCGUUCGCGCAUCCUGGCUGGCUGUUGCACAAGUCCCUCUAUUAAUACUCCUAGCUGGAAAGAACAGUCCACUAGGACUUGUCAGUGGUAUCUCAUAUGAACGUUUGAACGUUGUUCACCGAUGGACUUCAAGGAUCCUUCUGUUUCUUGUUACAUUGCACGUGAUUUUCCUUCACUUGGCUUGGAAUGCAUCUGACUUAGGACCUCUGGAAUAUUCUACCGAUUCGUGCAUUCCAACUGGCUGGGGAGCAUACGCCAUGCUGCUAUGGAUGAAUAUUAGCACUUGCGCGCCCAUUAGGAAUUUCUCUUAUGAGUUCUUUGUGAUCCAGCACAUCAUCACUUUUUUCGGAUUCAUCAUUGCCGUUAUGAUGCAUCUUCCCGAUACCGCUUUAUACUCUCGAGUUUACAUUUAUAUCCCGAUUGCUUUAUACAUGAUCGACAGGAUAAUUCGUACCGGGAGAUAUGCUUGGAACAACGUUCGCACCCCAACAGCAACGUUGACAGUUUUAGAAGGUGGCGUUACUCGGGUUUGUGUCGAAAGCAAAGCUGUCAAGAAGUGGAGCCCUGGCUCUCAUGUUCUCCUCUCAAUACCUCAACUUGGAAUCGGACAAUCUCAUCCAGCAACAAUUGCUUCCAUACCAUCAUCACACAAUGGCAAGCUGGUCUUCUUGCUUAAAGCACACAAGGGAUUCACGGGUCGCCUGUUAUACGCAGCAGAAAAUUCGCCAGCAUCGAAUUUGCCAUGGAAAGCCCGAAUUGAUGGACCAUAUGGUAAUACUGUUGAUUAUGCUGCUUUCGACACUGUUCUUCUCAUAUCAGGUUCAACUGGCACAACCUAUACGCUUCCGAUCCUCCUAGACAUUGCAACUCGUGCACAAAGCACCCUACUUCCAGUUCAGCGCAUCGUCUUCGUUUGGAUAAUCAAAAAUACUUCAUGGACAUCUUGGAUUGCAGACGAACUCGCAUCAGCAGCCGAGAAGCUUGACGCCGUUGGAAUUGAGCUCACAAUUCGAAUCCACGUAACCUGUGACAACAACUUUACAACCGGAGAUAACAAUACAGAAGCCAAUUGCUGUGCUUGCGACAAAAGUCUUGGUCCUUGCUGCUGUAUAUCCGUCAAUGCUGAUACUGAUGACGAUGAGAUCACAUCUAUCGACGAAAAGGGCACUAAAAUCAGCGCCAAGCCGAAAGUCACAAGUGCUUCUAGUAUUACUUCAGGAACUCGAUCAUCAGUUUUGCCAUGCGCCAUCUUCCAGAGUGGGAGACCCGACUUCCAUCCUCUUUUGGGCGAACUAUUAGUGAAAGCCGAGGGGGAAACUGGGAUUGCUGUUUGUGGACCACUUGGAUUGAGUAGUAAUGUGAGGACUACGGUAGCGAAAUGUAGCAAUGAUAGGGCUGUUCAUAAGGGGACUGGAGCUCAAGGCAUUUUCCUGCAUGCUGAGGGUUUCGGAUGGUAGACUUUUGAGUUAUAUGGAAUGGAGUUUGGUGCUUUUUGGAAAGAUUUGGGAAUGAAAGAUACCCAUACUGUAAUGGCUAAGAAACCGCAGUGUCAAGAGGGAUAGACUGCAAUGAAUAUGUCUUGUAUGGCUGCCCCUCUAGAACCGUAAAGCGAAUCAUGACUUUGAAGUAUGCUUGAUACAUAGAUCCUGUAUAUAAGAAUUUGCCCUUGUGCUUUUGGACCGUACGAUGGUAAGAUCUCACA